AUGGGACAACGAAGACGAGGAAAGUGCACACCGAAAACAUGCUGCUGCGUAUUCUGUUGCCUCCUGAUUACGACAAUCACAGGAAUCUUGGUUUGGUAUUUCAUGCUCUUCAAGACCGAAGAUCAAGGUCCCGCAAGCUGUGGUGACUGUUUCUGCAUUGUCGGUGAAGGAGAAGUCUGCCCUUCAGAGGCACCGAAUAGCAACGUCACAACUGAUUUGGUUGACAUUUAUGUGAAACGACAGACGAUUGCCAAUCCUUACGAUUUGAGUUGCGACCCGUUUUCGAAUACAAACUGUCGAACGUCACCAGCACAAGAUGAGAAUCUACUCGGGUUGGGAGAUACUGCAGUAUGCGCAAUUCAUGCAGUGGAUCCGGCUGCCGAAUGUCAAGAGUCUUCCUACAACCUAAAGUCUUAUGCAUCACAAGAAGAAGCCGAAGCGGCGGGUGGCGUCGUCACGCACCUUGGUCACUGUGGAGUUUGCAGUACCCUCCAAGAUUUGGCAGUCUACUUGCAAAAUCCCACACUGGCCACCGAAGGCAAAUUCUGCUCGGCCAAGAAUACCAUUAGCAUUGAAGGAGGUGCGGCAUGCUACCUCAACUUGGGCAUGACGGAAGCUUGUGCCAAGGUGUGGGCAGAAGCAGAAUUCCACACGUUCAAGGAGUGCUUUACCGAGUGCUUUCUGAAAGACAUUACGCAAGAUCAAGCAAACAAUGGGCCUUUUCCCGAAUGCGCACUGAAUAGCUGUCUACAGUGUGACGCUGACAAUUCGGCGGAGACCCUGGCUAAGAUUGCCGGACGAACCAUGCGACGUUCAGGAUUGCUGUCCCCUGUGGCUAGGAAAUGUGACGAGAUUGCCAUGAUCGAGCAUCAAAGGUGUCCUCAAACAACUCCCUUAUAG